CACGACCUCCACCUCCACAUACCACUCCUCUACCACGCAGCCCACCUCUUCAGAAAUCAUAUCGCAAACCUACGCCAGCACCACCAGCACCACCAGCCCCACAGCGACGCCUACCAUUUACUACCCCAGCGUGACCUCCCCCACCACCACGUCCACUACCGCCUGUGAGCCCGAGCUGUGCUCCUGGAGCGAAUGGUUCGACGUCGACUUCCCCUCCUCGGGGCCCAACCAGGGAGACUUCGAAACCUACCAGCGCAUCCGCGCCGCCGGGAAGGAAGUCUGUCAACGUCCAAAGGAUAUCGAGUGCCGGGCGGAGGACUACCCCGAGGUCUCCAUCCAGCAGGUCGGACAGGUGGUGCAGUGCGACGUCCACUUUGGGCUGGUGUGCAAGAACGAAGACCAGACUGGCAAGUCGAAGAUGUGCCUCAACUACAGGAUCCGCGUCCUCUGCUGCACCCCGAACUACAACUGCCCAAGCAGCACCUCCUCCCAACGACCAGCCUCACUACCAGUAGUGCCACAUCUGAGUCUUGCUGUACCAGCACUUCUUCUACCCCUAUAUCAAGACCAUGUUUCUGCAAAAUUGGCAGUGUUAUUUUUUCACCUGGUGAAGUGAUUUACAACCGUACAGAUAGUGACGGAUGUAGAUUUUAUGCCAUCUGUAGUCCAACUUGUAUUGUUCAACGACACGCUGUGGAUUGUAACGUUACUCCUCCUCUAACCACUACGUCUCCUGAAUGGUCUACCAUAACAACAACAGUUCCUCUGCCUACAACUUCUGGAAGGCUUCCUUUUCCUGGUUGUGUUUCUGCUACUUACCCUCCUCUUCAACCUGGACAAAGAUACAAAUUAUCCAACUGUACAGAACUCAUCUGUAAGGGAGACAACAAGGUAGAAGUAAUUCCAACGCACUGCCCACCUGUAAAGGAAAUUACCUGUGCAAACAAAUAUCCAGCAAUACUGGUACCUGAUGAAAAUGGCUGCUGUUAUCAUUAUGAAUGUCAAUGUGUGUGCAGUGGAUGGGGUGAUCCACAUUAUAUUACUUUUGAUGGAACCUACUAUACUUUCCUUGAAAACUGUACUUACGUCCUGGUGAAACAGAUUGUGCCUAAAUACGACAACUUCCGUGUUUACAUUGACAAUUAUUACUGCGAUUCAGAAGAUGGACUUUCCUGCCCUAAAUCCAUUAUUAUUUUCUAUAAAUCUGCAGAAGUGCUGCUGACCCGUAAACUCAUGAAUGGUGUGAUGACCAAUGUGAUGUACUUCAACCACAAGAUUGUCAAACCAGGUUUCAAAAAAGAUGGCAUUUCUUUCUCAACACUUGGCAUCAACAUGAUUGUUGAAAUACCAGAGAUUGGUGCAACCAUCACCUUUAGUGGGCUGAUUUUCUCUGUGAAACUUCCAUACAGCAAAUUUGGCAACAACACCGAAGGACAGUGUGGAACAUGUUCAAACAAUAAAGCAGAUGAAUGCCGCUUACCAAAUGGUAAGAUCAUUUCUUCCUGUCCCCAAAUGGCUCAUCACUGGAUUGUUGAUAACAACAAGUCAUGCCAUGGAGUACCAAUACCACCAGUUGUAACUACACCUCCACCAAAGCCUCACUGUGGAAUACCUUCUCUUUGCAACCUUAUCUGGAGCGAGAUUUUUGCAGAAUGCCAUGCUGUAAUACCACCAGAACCAUUUUUCAAAGGCUGUGUUUUUGAUGGAUGUCGUAUAGCUGAUGAAUCCAUGCAGUGCUCCAGUUUGGAGAUAUAUGCUACAGAGUGUGCUGCUAGAGGUGUCUGCAUUGACUGGAGAGGAAAGACCAACAAUACAUGCUCAUACAACUGUCCAUCAAGCUUGGUAUACAAGCCAUGUGGACCCAUUAAUCCUGCUACCUGUGAUCCAAGCUUUGUUGAGCUUCCUGGCUAUGGAGUAACUGAAGGAUGUUUCUGUCCUGAAGGAAAGACACUCAUGAGUGAAGAUAGCAACAUCUGUGUCUCUGAAUGCUCUUGCAGGGAACCAAAUGGAAUAUCCAGAUGGCCAGGAGAAAAGUGGAUGAAAGAUUGUCAGGAAUGCAUCUGUGACAAAUAUACUCUUAAAGUGCACUGUAAAAAACACAAGUGUUCCCUGACACAGCAAGUAUUUUGUGAUGAACCAGGUUAUAUGCCUGUUCAGACACAGAUACCAGAAGACCCAUGCUGUACCAGGACUGAGUGCUACUGCAACACUAGCCUCUGCCCUGAGGUCACACACCAGUGCUUAGAGGGACAGGAAGUUGUCACAAUAAUGCAGCCUGGAAAAUGCUGUCCUACUUUUGAAUGUAGACAUGGCUGUGUAGUCAAUGAAACCUACUACGCACCUGGAGCUGUCAUUCCAUCAGGCUCCUGUGAAGAAUGCACCUGCUCUGAAUCCUCCCAUUCAAGCCCCCACCAGCCUAUUGUCAAGUGCAAGCCAGUUAUCUGUGACACAUACUGCCCAGUGGGUUAUAAGUAUACAAGGAAACCUGGAGAGUGCUGUGGCACGUGCAAGGCAGCAGCCUGUAUAGUGACUGUAGGAGACAUCACACGCGUGCUCCAGGUUGGAGAACUCUGGAACCCACCUGUUGAUAACUGUACAACUUACACAUGUGAAAAAAAUGAUGACCAGUUCAUUCAAGUUGUCUUACAGAAAAGCUGUCCUCCCUUUAACCCUGAUGACUGUGAUCCAGAUGACAUUAAACUAUCUGAUGAUGGCUGCUGUAAAGAAUGCCAAGUAAAACUAAAGAGUUGUAUGAAGCACAAUACUACUACGGUAAUCAAAUAUCAUGGAUGUGUAUCUCCUGCACCAGUUGAGAUGGCAUACUGUGAAGGAAGCUGUGAUGCUUACUCACGAUAUUCUCCAGAGGCAAAUAUGAUGGAACAUAAAUGCUCAUGCUGUCAAGAAAUCAAGACCAGCCAAAGAAAAGUGACUCUGACAUGCAGGGACGGAACCUAUCUUGAUCACUCAUACACCUAUGUGGAGAAAUGCAGCUGUGUGAGCGCUGAGUGCAUUUCCCAAGUCAGCACCCAACAGGCAACAUACCAGAUAAAGACCUCUCAGGAACAAGCAGAUGUCUAAAAUUAGAACUAGAGAAAAGUCAUCAAAAAAGGGCUGAAUGUAAGACUAAAAAAGAAAAACUGAAAAAAAACACAAAAGUGUCAAAAGCAGCUAAAAUUUUGGAUGAACAUAUGAUAUUUUCUGCAUACAAACUCAAUAUGACUGUCUACAUUAUUUCAGUUUUCAUUGCUAAUUUAUCUCCUAUUGUUUUUCAUGUGUUUUCUUUUACACCUUGAGAGGUACAGCAUAAGGUCAUUUUGACAUUUCCUGAUUGUUUGUCUUCUCAGAAGUGCUGUAAUGUAACACUGAAAGCUAGAUUUACACUUACACGAGUCUGUUCUGAGAACAGCAUUCUUUUCUGGCUUGACGCUUGCCUGUGGUGGCAUAACAUGGACACUUGACAAUAUCUAAUAUGUCCAUUAAUGUAGGCUGACCUUUUUAAUGACACUUUCAUUUCAGUUCAUCAACACAAAUCAAAAGCUAAAGUCCAGAAAACAAA